AUGAGUAUCGAUCUACAAGGUACUAUCAAGAAAGCCACGGAUUUUGCCGAACGUGCUACUACAGAAGAUAAAGCAGAAAACUAUGAGGCAGCUGCACAAGCAUAUAUGGCUGCCACUGAAUGGCUUUUGCAUGCCGUAAAAUAUGGAGUUAUGGACAGACCUACGAAGCAUAAUAUACGUGCAAAAGCUGUUACAUAUGUUCAACGAGCAGAGACAAUAAAAAAUAUGUUAGACAAUAAAUCAAAGAAAACACAAGCUGUGGCUAGUAAUGGAAAUAAUCAAGCAAAUUCGAGAAAUGAUAAAAAAAGUGAUGACAAUGAUAAUCCAGACUUGGAGAGAAAACGCAUUAUGCAAAAGUUUGAAGGAAAUAUUGUCACUGACCCUAAUGUCAAAUUUGAAGAUGUUGUUGGAUUGAAACAAGCUAAAACGGCUUUACAAGAAGCAGUUAUAUUGCCGGUAAAAUUUCCGAAGCUUUUCAAAGAUAAACGUAAGCCAUGGGCUGGCAUUUUACUUUAUGGACCACCUGGUACCGGUAAAUCAUAUUUAGCCAAAGCCAUUGCUACUGAAUGUAAAAGCACAUUCAUGUCGGUCAGUUCAUCAGAUCUUCUUUCAAGAUGGCUAGGCGAGGCUGAAAAAAGUGUCAGAGGUGUAUUUGAGCUUGCUCGUGAUCGACAACCAUGUAUUAUAUUUAUUGAUGAAAUCGAUGCCCUCUGUGGACAACGAAAUGAUACAGAAUCAGAAUCGUCAAGACGUGUCAAAACUGAGUUUCUUGUUCAAAUGCAAGGUGUUGGAAAUAAUAAUGCUGGUGUUCUUGUUCUUGCCGCAACUAAUAUUCCGUGGUCACUUGAUACAGCUAUUCGACGACGUUUCGAAAAACGUAUUUAUAUUCCACUACCUGGUGUGAAUGAACGAGCAGCAAUGUUUAAAACACAUUUGGGUACGAAUACCUUCCAUAUGAUAAGAGAACAUGAAUGGAUGCAGCUAGCACAAAAAUCUGAACAUUAUUCGGGUGCUGAUAUCGGUGUUGUUUGUCGUGAAGCAUUAUUGAGACCUAUUCGUCGACUCGGUUCAGCAACACACUUUAAACGAGUACAAAAUCCAGAACCUGAUGGUCCGCGAGAAGUUUGGCUUACUUGUUCACCGGGAGAUCCAGGUGCUCAAUCUCUCACAUUAGACACAAUAGAGCCAGAUGAAUUAUGCGAACCACCAGUAACUAUGUUGGAUAUGGAAGCUGCUCUUGUAACACAGAAACCAACAGUAGGCGAAAAUGAAUUGGUGAAAUACGAAGAAUUUACUCGUGAAUUCGGUGAAAAAGAUUUAUGA